AGAGGGACUUCCUAUACACAAAAGCCCUCACCCCAAAGCAAUCUCUCUCUCUCUCUCUCUCUCUCUCUCUACUGUCAUAUCAUGCAACUAGCACCUUAAGCCUUCAACCCCUUCUUAUCAUCCAUCACAACAUUUGUUUUGCUCCGCCAGCUCAUUCAUUCAACCCCAUCAUCUCUCUCUCUUAAUAUUUCAACGUUUCUAUGCCAGAUCUCUCGGAGUAAUCCUUGGGACAGAAAAAAGCGUGCUUUGUUUGGGUCUCUUUUCUGAUCUUCAGGAUUGGUUUUUUUUUUUUUUCCAUCUGGGUGUCUCUAUCUCGUACCAAAACUUCAUCUUUUGUACUUUCUGUUUUUGGAUUUUCGCCGCGUAUCUCGCUAUACCCUUUACACUAUCUUCCUUCCAUACGUACCCCUCUUGAGAAAAACAGAGUCUUUUUGGGAGAGAAUGGUGAACGGGUUGGAGAGAGAGGGUGCGUUUGCAAUGUUCAGUGAUGAUGAGCUAAGAGAGUUCAGUGGGGUGAAGCGAGUUGGAGAUUAUGUUGAGGUAACGUGUGGGUGCACUAGCCGUAGAUUUGGUGAUGCUGUUGGAAGGCUUAGGGUUUUUGUUAAUGGAUGCCUUGAAAUCACUUGUGACUGCACCCCUGGUUGUGAAGAAGACAAAUUGACACCUGCUGCAUUUGAGAAACACUCUGGAAGGGAGACAGCCAGGAAAUGGAAGAACAAUGUUUGGGUAAUAGUUAAUGGUGAGAAGGUUCCAUUGUUUAAAACAGUCCUCCUCAAAUACUACAAUCAAGUUUCAAAAAGUGCUAAUGGAUCCCAAAAUGGACGUGCUUGUCACCGUGAUGAGUUUGUUCGCUGUACCAAAUGCAACAAAGAGCGUAGGUUCCGUCUAAGGACUAAAGAGGAAUGCCGCUUUCACCAUGAUGCAGUGGCCGAUGCAAAUUGGCAAUGUUCUGAUCUACCAUAUGACAAAAUUACAUGUGAUGAUGAAGAAGAAAGAGCAAGUCGAAGAGUUUACAAAGGGUGCACUCGUUCUCCAACGUGCAAAGGUUGCACUUCAUGUGUGUGCUUUGGGUGUGAUAUUUGCCGCUUUUCAGAUUGCAGCUGCCAAACUUGUACUGACUUUACAAGGAAUGCUAAAGAUUAAGUCCAACGUUGUCGUCCCAAGUGUUUUUUUUAUUUACCCAUCGCUUCUAAUGGACUCAAUUACCAGUCCUAUUUAAACAUUCAAUGUUCUCAUUCACUGGCUUAUUAAUAUCAAUUAUUAAAUGUUUACUUUGUAUUUUAUUAACAGUUCUCACGUUGAGAAAAUUAAAACUAAAUAUUACAAGUAGUUC